AACACGGUGAAUCGACGCUGUGGAUGGAUGACGUCAUGGUCGUCGUUUCGAAUGUGGGGAGCUAGCAGUGGGUAGGAGGCCGCGUACAUCUGCGGACGCUACUUUUAAAAAAUCUGAAGCCCAAGGUUGUUGACAGUGCUCAACACCUUCAAAUUAAGAAAUAUUUUGUCCCAACCCCAUUGCCCCCUCUGUGAGAGCAUGGCUCAGGAGACUAAUCAGACACAGGUGCCAAUGCUUUGCACUAUGGGAUGUGGCUUCUAUGGUAACCCCCGCACCAAUGGCAUGUGCUCAGUCUGCUACAAGGAACACCUGCAACGACAACAAGGAGGGGGGAGAUCCAGCCCCCCAGAAGAGAAAGCUGCUAUGUCGCCGGUAGCCUCUCCAGACUCUGCUGGGGUCUCAGUGGAAAGCACGACCUCAGAGCCUGCUACAGAUGCAGUGGAAACCCCACCUGAGGAACAGACGCUUAGCCCCAGCUCUCCCAGUCCAGUAACUCAACAAAUGACAGCUAUGAGCAUCUCCCAGGAUUCGGGAGCCGUAGACUCUGACCGAGCAGAAGGUGAGGAAGGGGAGGAAGAAGGCACAUCCAGCAACACAGAACAAGUGGGGGAUGCAGCACAAACUUCUGAUGGUGACCAAACACCUGAUAAAAACAAGAAAAAGAACCGCUGCUUUUCCUGUCGGAAGAAAGUGGGCCUUACUGGUUUCGACUGCCGCUGUGGUAACCUGUUCUGUGCCAUUCACCGUUAUUCUGACAAACACAAUUGUCCUUAUGAUUACCGGAGUGCAGCAGCGGCCCGUAUUCGUAAGGAGAACCCCGUUGUGAUGGCUGAGAAAAUUCAGAAGUUAUGAGGACAAAGUGCAUAAAAGUCUUGCUGACUUUGUGAAUUUGGACAAUGGCAAUGUGGAUGAACACGUCUGGUAUCAUGGCUUCAUUUGUUCAUGGUAAUCAAAGAUGGGUUUUAUGGGGUGGGGUGGUCACAGCCCCCAGUCCAGGUGCUGCCCUUACUAGCAUCUCCCGCUCUCUCCACAAGUGACUGGUUGAGCCUGAAGUUGACUGUGUGUUUGUAUGAAAGUGUGUGUGUGUGUGCAUUGCUUGAGAGUAUUGGAGAGCAGUAGGGGCAGGUGGACAUAAAUGUUGCUGUCGGGGAGGGAAGGCAUUUGAUUUUUACUCCUUUUUGUUUCUCAACUUGGGGAAUUGUGGAGUUUUGUUUUUAUACCAUCCCAGUUAGUUGAAAUAAGACAGGAGUAAACUGUGAAAGAAGUGUCAUAGUGUAGAUGAGGACAUGCAGGUCAAUUUAGAAGGCUCUGUAAAAUAAAAGUUGAGGAACAAACCCACGAAACCUGUCUGGGGAAAUUUCAACUAUCAGGAAGAUGUUUAAGGGCUUAGGAAUAUGAAUUAUCCUCCAGACUAAAGAUGAUGUCAAGUUCUUAUCAAAUUGGCCUUUUUUAUUUUUCCCCUUUCCUGUUAUCCUGACUCUGUAUACAGUUAGGUCAAUAAAUAUUUGGAAAUUGACACUUACGCGUUUUCGCGCUUCACCACAGUGUAUUGGAUAUGAAAGUAACGAACGUGUCAAAGUGCAGACUGUCAGCUUUAGUUUGAGGAUAUUUGUGUUUUUUUUUUUUUUUUUUUUUUUUUUUUUAGGGACCAAGCGUAAUUGAUCAGAUAGACACGAUCAUGCAUGUAUUUUUUUUUUUUUAAUUAAAUAAUUGGGCGUGUGCAGUUGGUGGUGACCUGAACUCUGAAACCCAUAGAUGUCUCCAGACAUUGGGUGGAUUCUGUGUUGAUGCUCUACCGUGGUUCCACUGCAGCUGUCUUCAGGUUUUGCUUGUUCUUGAUGUGUUUUGUCUUGAGUUUUGCCUUCAAGUGAAAUUCAGGUCCAGUUGAAUUCGGGUCACGCUCGACUUGGUCACUGCAGAACAUUCCAUUUCGUUGCCUUAAACAUUUGGGUCAUUAUCCACCUGCACUGUGAACAACUGUCCAUUGAAUUAUGGAGAUGUUAUUUGAACAAGAACAGAUAAUGGAGCCCUUUGCCAACUUCAUCCUGCUGCUUUUACCAGCAGUCACAGAGAGCCAGUUAGUUUAGCAGUGCACAUGCCUACACCAUAACACUACCUCAAAUAUUCUUCAUAGCUGAGGUGUUCCAUUUUAAAUAAUCAGGGUUUCCUUCUCUUUGCUGUGCUCUUCUGGCGUUCUGCUCCAUUUAGAACUGUGAAAUCUGGCUAGAGGAUGUAGUUGUAGAACUGCACAUGCUCAUGUUGUGUUGUUUUCACCAAACUGAUUGCUGAAUUGUUGAUGUUGACGUGGGUACACUGGCCUCCUGGAGGUUGUUCUUGAUGGUGUUACCUGUGAGUUGUCCAAUUACCUUUGGUCUCUCAGGAAAAUAUGGGAACACAUACACAAAGUUUUGUAACUCUUACACCAUUCACCAUGUUUUAGAUAUAAAUACCUUCAAACGAAAGUUGAAAGUCUGUCGCUGUCCAAAUUUAUGAACCUGACUGUAGCUGAGUGAUUGAAUUUUAAUGAGCGUAUGACAUCAGAAGAUCUAUAUUAAUAUAUUGUAGUUAGCUUGAAUUGUGUGAUUGCUUUCUAUUUAUUUUUUAUCGUGUGGUUGUUCUGUGCUGGAGGAUUGGCAGCAUGUGUCAGCAGGUCAUUAUGAUUUGCAUUUAACCUUUUCAGAUAUAUUUAAGUAAAUCCAUCUUAAUGAUAUAACCAUUAUAAAGAUGAAAUACACAAAACCUGACAUGAUUGCGUAGAGUCCAGUUAAACCGUUACAAAGAUUGUGCAGUAAGUGUCAGUUCAGAUUCGGAAAUGAAGCACAAUUACGCAUCAAGUGGACAGCACGAAAUAAUGUGUGAGACCUGCUCCGUUUUGUUCAGCAUCUGGGUCAUUUGCAGUUUAUAUUUGAUGGGUAUAGCAGGAUAUACUGGAAAAGUGUCCUGUUGGUAAAAGUACACCAGGGGCGUGUUCCCUUUGAGUGCCCUUUUGUAUUCUGGUUGAAGCUCCAUGUUUCUCUAACCACCAGCAGACCAUUGACAUGCUGAAUGAAAACUGAACCGGGUCACAGUUCCUCCACAUUGUGACACACCUUUUACAAUCAGUUGUAAAGAUUAUUGCAAUGCUACAGUGUUGCGUGCUGUGCUUUUACAAUAUUCUGAGAAUUCAGAUAAGUACUUACUAUGAAGACUGCUUCUGCUAGGAAGAUGAGAUUUGCAUGCCUGAGUGCAGUCAAACAUAUUUGUUUAGAACUGAGAGCACAAUUUGAAGUGAAGUUAGGAUGUUUAUAAGGCCACACUGCAGUAGCACAAUGCAUGGCUGGAACUGAAAUCCACAUUAACAGGACUCAACAUCUUUAUUUCCCAGUUGUAAAUACCACAUGGCUCCUAUUCAUAUAGCUUAAUCUUAAUGUAGAUGUUUGCCAAGUAAUAAAGUCGAGGGAUUAAGGAGAAGAAUAUUACUCUGUAUGAAAGUGCUUUUAAUAAUUAUCCCCCC